AUGUCGCUCAUCCGCACCGUACUUCCUCGCGCCAAGGCCGCCUUUGCGCGCCGAGGUGUUCACAACUCCCGUGGCCUCCUCUGGGACGAGAUCCGCAACCAGAACCACCCUGGCGACCACACGAACCCCGUGCUGUCGACGCCGCAGACGGUGUCCGUGAUCGGCGCACCCAUGACCCAUGGACAACCUCUCUUGGGCACGGACUUUGGUCCUGAUUUGCUUCGCAACGGCGGUCUUCACAACGUCAUCACGGAUUUGGGGUGGUGCGUCGAGGAAACGGGCAACCUCAACUUUCGCGCUCCGUCUGCGGGUGACCCUCAAAUCGAUCCCAGCUACGGCCGUGCCAAGCGCUCGUUCGCCGUCGGAAGCGGCUUGAAGCAGAUCGCCGACGUGGUCGAAAAGAAGGCGUCGGAAGGCAAGUUCUGCCUCGUGCUCGGGGGCGACCACACGAUUGGCGCGGGGUCGCUCGCCGGCAUCCUCAAAGUGCACCCAGACGCAGGCAUCAUUUGGGUGGAUGCGCACGCCGACAUCAACACGCCACAAACGACUGAGAGCGGCAACAUGCACGGCAUGCCCAUCUCGUUCCUGAUGCAAGGCCUCGCCGACCCCGCGCGCGUCCCUGGAUUUGAAUGGCUCGUGGACGGACCGAUCCUCAAGCCCGAGCAAUUGGUGUACAUUGGGCUGCGUGAUGUGGACAGUGGCGAGCGCCGAAUUAUCAAGGAACUCGGGAUCAAAGCAUUCUCUAUGCAAUCUGUCGACAAGUACGGAAUCGGCAAGACCAUGGAGAUGGCGCUGGACCACUUGUGCGGCAAGCAAGCGCGGCCUCUGCACAUGAGCUACGACAUUGACGCCGUCGAUCCCGUGGACGCGCCAUCCACCGGCACCCGAGUGCGUGGAGGAUUGACGUGGCGUGAAGCCAACUACGUGGCAGAAGCGGUGGCCGAGUCCAACAUGUUGGUCGGGCUAGACAUGGUCGAAGUGAACCCGUCGUUGGCUCCUGGCAAGGGCGCGGCCAUCACGGUGGACAUGGCGCUGUUGCUGAUCGGGUCGGCGUUGGGCAACCGAAUCCUUUAA